GACACAAUGGAAGCUUCAUUUACCUCACAGAAGACCUAUAUUGAUGAGUUUAGUCCUGUAGAGUAUUUCAACAUGUAUUAUGACUCAGAACAAGGAAAACUGCCAGAGUGGACAGAUUUUGUACUGCAAACUCUUCAUGAAGUAUUUUCUUCAGGUGGUGUUGAAGGAGACACUAUAAUUGACAUCGGUUCUGGUCCAACCAUCUAUCAACUUCUCUCUGCUUGUGAGGGUUUUAACAAAAUAAUUGUGUCUGAUUUCUUGGAGCAAAACCUCGCCGAACUGCAGAAAUGGUUAAAGAAGGAACCUGGGAAAUUUGACUGGACUUCAUAUAUCAAACACGUGUGUGAACUGGAAGGAAACAGAGUAAGCUGGGAUGAAAAAGCAGAGAAGCUCCGUAGUAAGGUGAAAGAGGUUCUCAGAUGUGAUGUCCUGAAGAAAAACCCUUUUGAGCCCCUGACAUUAGCACCGGUGGAUUGUGUUAUUUCUUGUCUUUGUCUUGAAGUAGCUUGUAAAGAUAUGGAUUCCUUUUAUAAUGCCUUAACAAAUUUAAAGGACUUCAUCAAGCCUGGAGGUCACUUACUACUUUUGAGCAUGCUAAAUAGUCGCUACUAUGCUAUUGGCAACACAUUUUUCAGUACCUUGCCAAUAACAAAAGAGGGACUGGAGAAGGCACUUAAAGAUGCUGGGUAUGAAAUUGUGGAAAUUAAAUAUGCUGCCCAGAAUUAUCAGUCAAAUGUGGAAAUUUUUACAGGUGACACUCAUUAUUAUGUCAAAGCCCGUAAACCAAUAUAG